AUGAAUAGUAUGUACCGUGCUUUCAACUCCAGAGUCUUGAGUUCCACCGUGCCAAAUCUCACCCAGAAAUUCUCUACUCAAUCGAGAAUGCCAGAGUUUGCAAUGAAAAAUGCAAAAUUGUCAUCUGCUGCCAUGAUUCAUAAAUCAUGUUUCAAUACCAGUAGAGUCGAACAAACUCUUUUGGAGGAAGUCGGAGAAGGACAAGCUGAUCCAUCUUUCAAUCCAUCACCAUCCUAA